AUGGCUGAUAACACUUCAGCCGCUAACGGCAACUCUCUUCUCGAGACCACCAAGAACAGUAUGUCUUCUCUCGCGAACGCCGCCGCUGCGUACCAAUCUGUCGCCAACGGCCCUGUUGCUCAGAACGUCUACGACCACACUCAGAAGGCUGGUGGCGAGCUCUCCAACCUGGCUGCUGCUCGUCGCACUCCCGCGACUCCCGCUGCAACCGGCCAGCCCCUCACACAUUACCACUCCUUCUUCUCCGAGCUCCUCUCCUGGAACAACCCUCGCGCAUCUGGCAUCGCUUAUGCGACCAUCAUUACUUCCAUCUUUGCUGCCCGAUACCUAGAUGUUCUCCGAUGGAGUCUGAAGGCUUCAUGGAUGGUCCUUGGCGUGACCAUCCUCGCUGAGGUCCUCGGAAAGGCUAUCCUCAACAACGGUCUCGCUACUCAGGUUCGCCCUCGUCGAUACUACACAGUUCCCCGUGAGACUCUGGACGCCCUUAUUGGGGACGUUCACGAACUCAUCAACUUCUUCGUUAUCGAGGCUCAGCGAAUCAUCUUCGCCGAGAACGUCUUUGCUUCCGCUGCUGCUUUCGUCGCUGCUUUCAUCUCCUACUUCCUCGUUAAGCUUGUUCCCAUUUGGGGUCUCGCCCUCAUUGGCACUACCGUUGCCUUUGCCCUGCCCUUGAUCUACACUUCUAACCAGGAGCUUAUCGAUGAGCAACUUCACCACGCUUCUGAGAUCAUCAACAGCCAGACCGCCCAGAUCCAGAACGUUGCAUCAAAGCAGAUGGAGCAGGUUUCCAACAUCAGCAAGCAAUACGCCGGCGACUACAGCGGAAAGGUCCAGGAUCUCCUCCGUGGCAAGACUCCCUCCCGCCAGAAGAUCGACCACAAGCCUGAGCCAGUCCUUGCCAAGCAGCCCGAGUUCCCCUCUCCUCCUACCGAGGAACCCAUUAAGACCACCGCGGGUGGUGCUCCUCAGAUUCCCACUCCUGCUGCUCUCAAGGAGGAGUUGAACGAGCCCACCGCUAUCAACACCGCGGCCCCUGAGCUUCCCCACGAGCCCGUUGUCCCCAACAAGCAGCCUAUGUUUGCUUCUUAA